AUGCCCAUACCCUUCCGUCCCAUAGCCCGCCUCGUCCACCUCCGGCCCCUGUCAACCUCGCCCCGAGACCACAUCCUCCUCCGCUUCGCUGCCCUCGCGAAGGAGCUCUCCGACCAGCCCCCGCCCCCGCCCCCCCCGUCCCGGCCGCGGUCGCCGCACCCGUACGACUACAACCGUCUCAUGUCCGCGCACGCUGCGUCCGGCGAUGGCGAUGGCCUCGGCGCCGGCGCGCACCGCGCCCUCCAACUGCUCGACGAAAUGCGCACCUUCCUAGGGCGCCGCCCCGACGCAGCCUGCUUCACCACGGUCGCCGCAGCGCUGUCUUCCGCGUCCCGACCUGGCGACGCGCUCACCGUGCUCCAAGCCAUGGACGCGGACGGUGUCGCGCCCGACGCCGCCGCGUGUACAGUGCUCGUCGGGGUGUACGCCUGCCGCUUGCGGUGGUUGGACGCGGCCUACGAGGUCGUGCGGUGGAUGGCGGCGAACGGUGUGACCCCGGACGUGGUUACAUACUCGACGCUGAUCUCUGGGCUGUGCAAUGCCAGCCGGGUGGCUGAGGCGCUGGGCGUGCUGGACUUGAUGCUGGAGGAAGGGUGCCAGCCCAAUGCGCACACAUACACGCCCAUCAUCCACGCCUACUGCGUGAGUGGGAGGAUACAUGAGGCCAAGGAGCUCUUGGGAACGAUGACUGCCGCUGGAUUUGCACCAAGCACAACCACUUACAAUGUCUUGGUUGGAGCUCUAUGCAAGGUUGGUGCUUUCAGGGAAGUAGAUGUGCUUCUUGAGGAGAGCAACGCAAAAGGCUGGACGCCGGAUACAAUCACAUACAGUACUUACAUGGAUGGGCUAUGUAAAGCUGGCAGAGUAGAUAAGAGCUUUGCACUGGUAGAUAAGAUGCUGUCCAAUGGGUUGCGUCCAAAUGAGAUCACUCUGAAUAUCCUCCUUGAUGGGGUUUGCCACAGGUCAACUGUGUGGGCUGCAAAGUGUCUUUUGGAGUGCAGUGCAAUGCUUGGGUGGCAUGCCAAUGUUGUCAACUAUAAUACAGUGAUGAAGAGGCUUUGCGAUGAGCGGAGAUGGUUGGCUGUUGUUAAGCUCUUCACCGAUAUGGUUAAGAAGGGCAUAGCUCCAAACAGCUGGACUUUCAGCAUUCUUGUCCACAGUCUCUGUAAACUCGGGAAGCUUCAUAUAGCACUUUGCCUGCUGGGAAGUAAAGAGUUUGUCACCAAUGUUGUGACAUAUAAUACUUUGAUCCGCCAUCUCAGUUUAUUGGGGAAAGCUUAUGAGGCCUACCUCUUGUUUCAUGAGAUGACUGAGGAAGGCAUUGCUCCCAACGAAGUCACCUAUGGCCUUGUGAUUGAUUGUCUCUGUAGUAAAGAUAAUUUCUUGGUUGCACUUAGCUGUUUCAAUGGCUCACUGGAAGAUGGCCUCUCUCCAUCUGCACUAUCGAGUAUUGUUCGAGGUCUCAUCGCUGGUGGUAUGCUUCGUGAAUUGUAUACUCUGAUAGGAUGUAUCCUUGGAAAAGGUUUCGUAAUAGAUGUGUGUAUGUACCAGGAGUUGAUCAUUGCUUUUUGUAAGAAAGGAUAUUGUCGAGGUGGUGACAUGUACAAAGUGUGUUACAUAUUAGAAAGAAUGCUUGGAUUGAAAUGA